AUGAUAUAAGAUUCUUUAUUUGCUGAAUCCUUUUGGUAUCCAAUUUCACUUGAUUCAUUUUCAAAUGAUGACGAUUAUAAUGUAUAAAUUUAGAUUUCCUUUAAUAUAGGUGUUUUAACUAUACUAAGGAAACACCUCAGUACAAAUAAGAGUCAUCUAAGGGUAAUUAUUAGCCAGUAGUUAAUAAAUGGAUUUAUUACAAACAUUCAUUACAUUAGAUGAGAAAGGAGUGACACUUUAAAAUAAAUUUGGAUAAAUUACAUUCUAAGGACCAUAAUUAUAGUAGUUUUAUGAACACAUCAAUAAAUAUUGUAUGCAUUUAGAUAUUCAUAAUCAUUAUGAAAUUGAAAAAUAAACUCACUAAUUAGAUAAUUUUGAGGUAUAAGUAAUGGUCUAUAAUUAGAUUUUUCAAUCUAGAGAUAAAAUGACUGGUAUUUAAAAAUCAAUAAAAAAGUAUUCAAAAAAGUUAGGAAAAUCCUAUUUGUAGAAUAUUAUCAACUAUAAGAAUUAUGAAUAUUUAUUUGAAGAUGACAAAUAUCUAUAUUUGGUCAUGUAAUAUUUAAAUGGACAAAAAAUAAACAAUUUAACUUUGGAGGAGUCCUGCUUUGGAUUACUGAAACUAUUGUAUAAAUAUCAUAAUCAAGGAUUCAUUUUAAACACUUUUUCUGUAACUAUAUAACAUUUAUAUAAGGAAUUCAAUACUAUUUUAUUAGAUGAAAAUUAUAAUCUGGAAAUACUGGAUAAUUCUUAACUUAAAAGAAUUACAUCAGAUUAUAAAAAAGAAAUAUUGUAAGAUGUUCAAACUAUUCAUAAUUAUCUUUUAUAAAAGUACUAUAAUUAAUAUUAUUCAGAUUCCCCAAUAAAUAAGAUAUUUUAUUAAGCAUUUUAGACAUUAAAAUUUAAUCAGUCCAAGAAUUACUUUUCAAUUCAUUUUUUAUUAAUUACUUUGGAGAAAGUAACUUUUUUGUUUUCUUAAAUGCUUAACCCUAUGAAAAAUUAAACUUUAUCUCUUCUAAUACAUAAUUAAAUUUGCUUGAAACUUUCAAUACUAUUAGAUCAAGUAUGAUGGAUUCUUCAGAUGAAUCAGAUGAUUUCUAAUAAAAUAAUCAGUUUAAUUUUUGUCAUUCCUAAUUUGAAGAUUCUCCAAUGCUUUCUCCUAAAAUAAAGCCUAAACAUCAAUCAAGAUUAUCAAGUAGAUAAGUUGUAUUAGAAACUUUAUUAAAUGAAUAAAUAAUUACACCACAAUAGUUCUAACAGUUUUAUAAAGAAGAAGAUUUUUAAAAUGAAUAAGAAAUUAAUGAAUUUAGUGAAAUGCUCUCUAAGGAAAUUGAAAAUUCUUAAUUAACAACACCUAUUUAAAGUGAUGUAAGUAUAUUAUUUAUUAUUAGUCUACUGCUACAUGUCCUAAUACAGUCAUUAUUCACUCUAGAAAAAAUGUAGUCAAUCGAAUUAGUGAUAUAAUACUUGAAGCAUAAUAGGAAUUUAUUUAAGCUACAAAAAAACCCUAUAAUGUUAAUAAAGUCUAGAAUGUAAGAAAGAAUCUAUUCAAUUUACAUUGA